UGCCUUGCAGGAGCUAUGCCUGUCCCAGACCAGCCUUCAUCAGCCUCAGAGAAGACAAGUUCCCUGAGCCCCGGCUUAAACACCUCCAACGGGGAUGGAUCUGAAACAGAAACCACCUCUGCCAUCCUCGCCUCAGUCAAAGAACAGGAAUUGCAGUUUGAAAGGCUGACCCGAGAGCUGGAGGCUGAACGGCAGAUCGUAGCCAGCCAGCUGGAGCGAUGCAAGCUGGGGUCCGAGACUGGCAGCAUGACCAGCAUCAGUUCAGCAGAAGAGCAGUUUCACUGGCAGUCACAAGAUGGUCAAAAAGAUAUCGAAGAUGAGCUCACAACCGGUCUCGAGCUGGUGGACUCCUGUAUUAGGUCACUGCAGGAAUCGGGAAUACUUGACCCACAGGAUUAUUCUACAGGUGAAAGGCCCAGCCUGCUCUCCCAGAGUGCACUUCAGCUCAAUUCCAAACCUGAAGGGUCUUUCCAGUAUCCGGCCAGCUACCAUAGCAACCAGACCCUGGCCUUGGGGGAAACCACCCCUUCACAGCUCCCGGCCCGAGGCACACAAGCCCGAGCUGCGGGCCAGAGCUUCAGCCAGGGCACGACCAGCCGCGCCGGCCACCUGGCGGGGCCCGAGCCCGCGCCGCCGCCGCCGCCGCCGCCGCGGGAGCCGUUCGCGCCCAGCCUGGGCAGCGCCUUCCACCUGCCCGACGCGCCGCCCGCCUCCGCCGCGCUCUACUACUCCAGCUCCACGCUGCCCGCGCCACCGCGCGGGGGCUCCCCGCUGGCCGCGCCCCAGGGCGGCUCGCCCACCAAGCUGCAGCGCGGCGGCUCGGCCCCCGAGGGCGCCACCUACGCCGCGCCGCGCGGCUCCUCGCCCAAGCAGUCGCCCAGCCGCCUGGCCAAGUCCUACAGCACCAGCUCGCCCAUCAACAUCGUCGUGUCCUCGGCCGGCCUGUCCCCGAUCCGCGUGACCUCGCCCCCCACCGUGCAGUCCACCAUCUCCUCCUCGCCCAUCCACCAGCUGAGCUCCACCAUCGGCACGUACGCCACCCUGUCGCCCACCAAGCGCCUGGUCCACGCGUCCGAGCAGUACAGCAAGCACUCGCAGGAGCUGUAUGCCACGGCCACCCUUCAGAGGCCGGGCAGCCUGGCAGCUGGGUCCCGAGCUUCAUACAGCAGCCAGCAUGGGCACCUGGGCCCAGAGUUGCGGGCCCUGCAGUCCCCAGAACAUCACAUAGAUCCCAUCUAUGAAGACCGCGUCUAUCAGAAGCCCCCUAUGAGGAGUCUCAGCCAGAGCCAGGGGGACCCUCUGCCGCCAGCACACACCGGCACCUACCGCACGAGCACAGCCCCAUCUUCCCCUGGUGUCGACUCCGUCCCCUUGCAGCGCACAGGCAGCCAGCAUGGCCCGCAGAAUGCCGCCGCGGCCACCUUCCAGAGGGCCAGCUAUGCCGCAGGCCCGGCCUCCAAUUACGCGGACCCCUACCGACAGCUGCAGUAUUGUCCCUCUGUUGAGUCUCCGUACAGCAAAUCCGGCCCUGCUCUCCCGCCCGAAGGCACCUUGGCCAGGUCCCCGUCCAUUGAUAGCAUUCAGAAAGAUCCCAGAGAAUUUGGAUGGAGAGACCCGGAACUGCCGGAAGUGAUUCAGAUGUUGCAACACCAGUUUCCCUCCGUCCAGUCUAAUGCGGCAGCCUACUUGCAACACCUCUGCUUUGGAGACAACAAAAUUAAAGCCGAGAUAAGAAGACAAGGAGGCAUCCAGCUCUUGGUGGACCUGUUGGAUCAUCGGAUGACUGAAGUCCACCGUAGCGCCUGUGGAGCUCUGAGAAACCUGGUGUAUGGGAAGGCCAAUGAUGAUAACAAAAUUGCUCUGAAAAACUGUGGCGGCAUCCCAGCGCUGGUGAGGUUACUCCGCAAGACCACCGACCUGGAGAUCCGGGAGCUGGUCACAGGAGUCCUCUGGAACCUCUCCUCAUGUGAUGCACUCAAAAUGCCAAUCAUCCAGGAUGCCCUGGCAGUACUGACCAACGCAGUGAUUAUCCCCCACUCAGGCUGGGAAAAUUCGCCUCUUCAGGAUGAUCGGAAAAUACAGCUGCAUUCAUCACAGGUGCUGCGUAACGCCACCGGGUGCCUAAGGAAUGUUAGUUCGGCCGGAGAGGAGGCUCGCAGAAGGAUGCGAGAGUGUGAUGGGCUCACAGAUGCCUUGCUGUACGUGAUCCAGUCUGCACUGGGGAGCAGUGAGAUCGAUAGCAAGACCGUUGAAAACUGUGUGUGCAUUUUAAGGAACCUCUCGUACCGGCUGGCGGCAGAAACGUCUCAGGGACAGCACAUGGGCACGGAUGAGCUGGACGGGCUACUCUGUGGCGAGGCCAAUGGCAAGGACGCUGAGAGCUCUGGUUGCUGGGGCAAGAAGAAGAAGAAAAAGAAAUCCCAAGAUCAGUGGGAUGGAGUAGGACCUCUUCCAGACUGUGCCGAACCACCAAAAGGGAUCCAGAUGCUGUGGCACCCAUCAAUAGUCAAACCCUACCUCACACUGCUCUCUGAGUGCUCAAAUCCAGACACGCUGGAAGGGGCGGCAGGCGCCCUGCAGAACUUGGCUGCAGGGAGCUGGAAGGGCUGGGCUGAGGAUGUGGCAGGCAUGGCAUAUGCCCUACGUUCACUGCCAGAGGGGGCUCCCUGCCUGCCACAGUGGUCAGUUUAUAUCCGAGCCGCUGUCCGGAAAGAGAAAGGCCUGCCCAUCCUCGUGGAGCUGCUCCGGAUAGACAAUGACCGCGUGGUGUGCGCGGUGGCCACGGCACUGCGGAACAUGGCCUUGGACGUGAGAAAUAAGGAGCUCAUUGGUACGUUCUCUCUGAGUCACAGCGUCGCAGCUGUUACUGGAAAAUAUUUUCUCUCGGGCCAAAACAGCAGUGUUAUGAUUGUCAGUGCUUUUCUGACUCUGCACCAAGAACUGCCACACCAAGACAGCGGCAAAACCACCUCGCCGGCUGCAAGAGUCACGCUGGUGACCCAUGGGGCUCCUCCACUGGGAAUUUCCUGGAAUCCCCGGGCCUUGCUCACUAUUUCAGAUGAAUGGGCGCCUCUGCCGUCUCAGGGCUCCAAUCACCAGCUAAGAGGGCACCCGGACCAGUGUAUUUUGUACGGGGAACCGCCGCGCCAGAGCGCAGGCAAAGCAGCUGCGCGGGCCGAAACAGCUGCAGCGGCCGAAAGAGCCGCACUGGCAGAAACAGCUGUGCUGGCAAGCCCCCUCCCCACCCCCAAGUUGCCUGAAAUUCUGAAGUCAUCUUAUCCUGUUGCUGGCAUCUUCCGGGUCUGGCUGACCCACCCUGGCAAUCUCCUUAAGGGAAAGGUGACCUGUUCUUCUGGAGGAUCCCGGCUCCUCCCCAUUGUGGCCUGA